UGGCUGAGCCCUCUUCGCUAUAUUUGACGCGACACUAACUAGCCGCAGUGGCAGCACACGUACAGUAUCAAUAAUAAACAACUUCUAAAGAAGAGGAAACAUCUUGGUCAGAGACUUUUCGGCCUUGGUUUCAGUCCUAGUAUCCUAGUCGUACUCCAUCGGAGUUUUAAAGAACAGGGCCAUGGUCGGCGUGAAAGUGAUCGCGAAUGACGCUGACUUCCAGCCGGAGCUAGCGGCCGCCGGGUCCAGGCUAGCAGUGGUGAAGUUCACAAUGGCCGGGUGUCGACCCUGCAUCAGAAUAUCCCCUGCCUUCAACCUGUUGAGUAACAGAUACCCACAAGUGGUCUUCCUUGAAGUAGACGUACACGUCUGUCAGGCCACUGCGGCCGCCAAUAACAUCUCUGCCACGCCCACCUUCCUGUUCCUGAGGAACCGGGUGCGUGUGGACCAGUACCAGGGGGCGGAUGCUGCUGGCCUGGAGGAGAAGGUCAAACAGCACACAGAGAACGACCCCGGAAACAAUGAGGACUCAGACAUCCCUAAGGGAUAUAUGGACCUGAUGCCCUUCGUCAGCAAAACGGGCUGCGAGUGUCUGAAUGAGAGCGACGACUGUGGCUUUGACAACUGUCUGACAAAAGAUGACUCCUACCUAGAGUCUGACUGUGACGAACAGCUACUGAUCACCAUGGCCUUCAACCAGCCUGUCAAGCUGUUCUCCAUGAAGCUGCUCUCCUCCGACUUCGCCCAGGCCCCUAAGCUGCUCAAGGUGUUCAUCAACCUUCCUCGCUCCAUGAGCUUCGACGAUGCGGAGCGCAGUGAGCCCACGCAGGCUCUGGACCUGACGGAGGACGACUUCAAGGACGACGGCCUUGUCCCCCUCAGAUACGUCAAGUUCCAGAACGUCCAGAGCGUCACGUUGUUUGUGAAGUCCAACCAGGGAGACGAGGAGACGACAAAGAUCAACUACCUGACCUUCAUCGGUACCCCUGUACAGGCCACCAACAUGAACGACUUCAAACGGGUGGUGGGGAAGAAAGGAGAGAGUCACUAAGCCAGGAGGAGGAGAGAAGACUGAGGAGGAGGAGGAGGAGAGAUGAGGAGUCAGGAGUCUAGCUACUCCUCACAAGGAGUGACCUCUGCCAAAACCACACACACACCACACACAUCACACACACACACUGAAGGGAUUCUAACCAUUUUACCAGUUAUGUUGAAAAAGGUAGAAAUACUGCGUACCACAUGCAUUGACACACACAGGCCUGCUCUUAAAGGAGCUUUAGGUCAGAUAUUAUUUGGUUUUAUCUAUGGGUACAUGAAGCUGCAAACAUACACACUUGACACAGAGAUUAAAGAACUGCGGUGUGUGAGUGUGGACUAUGGAAUGUGUCUUUAUGAAUCAUUUGUAUUGUAAUUCAGAGGUGAAUCACUGUAAAUAAAUACAAUCCUUUUCCAAAGGCA